AUGCCUCUCACUCCAGAGCAGGAAGCUCUCCGUACCCAAUUCACGGAUACGGGAAGCACCUGGACGCCAGCCUGGGAACGAGUUCUCCAAAUAGACCCUUCCUACUUCGCGGCAUACCUCAAAUUACAUCAUGCCGCGUUUAACAAAAGACUCCUACCGCCCAAACUCCAACAUCUUCUGAUUCUAUCAGCAGACGCAAGCUGUUGCACGGAAUACGGACCGGGGAUUCGAGCUAACAUGGCGGCUGCACUCGCUGCCGGAGCAACUCAGGCGGAAGUGCUCGAGACACUCGAGUUGACAUCGGUCUUGGGAGUUCACUCAGUCAGCUGUGGCGUACCUCUUCUUCACGAAGUUCUGGCCGAGGAGGGGAAGCCCGCUAUAUUCCUCGGCGAAUCCCAAAUCUGGGAUAAACGUCAAUCGGACCUCAGAGAUCGAUUCACGGCUACACGGGGGUACUGGGAUCGUCAUUGGAAUGAGGUACUUUGCCUGGACCCCGACUUUCUUGAAGGAUACCUUGCUUUUUCCGGAGAGCCGUUUGAUGAACGAAAGAGUAUCUUUGAUCGCAAAACCAAAGAAUUGGUGUAUAUUGCCAUUGACUCUGCCACAACGCAUAUGUUUCUACCAGGAUUGAAGUUACACAUUCGGAACGCUGUCAAGUUUGGAGCCACUCCAUAUGAGAUCAUGGAAGUAUUUGAAUUGGUAAAUCUGAUGGGUAUUCAUACCAUGUUAGAGGGAGUUACGGCCCUGAAGGAGAUCUCGAAUUAG